GAAUGCGGGAAAUCCCGCGACCCUUAGGACCUCCGCCAGUGGCACAGACAGCUAUAGCGAAAAGCACUAUGCCCGGGUCUGCUAAGAAAAGGCCAAUUAGGGAGUGUGACCCUCUUGGUGAUGAUCGCUAUUUGUCUUACUUAUUACAUUUUUUCAUUAUUUUGCCUGUUACUAAUCAUUUUUGUGUGUUUUGCAGAUAUGGCCGGCUUGUUGCGACAAACAACCUACCAGGAGAAAGAGGGUUCGCCUUCUACCGCCUCUCCCAUGGCUCCUCCUGGUAAGGUUAGGAAGACUAACCCUCGCCCGGCUAUUGAUAUUCACACCCCUAUUGCUGGAUCGCCUCCCUCAUCUCGGCCGCUUCCUCCUGACUCCGCAUCCGGGUCCGCCAAUGAUACAACCCUUAUUGGUUCGACGUCCACAGGGGCCGAGUCACUUGCUGCGCUGCCCUUAGAGGGUCGUUGUCAGGCUUUAUCUACGGGUUUGAAGGGGGCACAUGGCCAUAUUGAGGGCCUUAUGGACAUCAUGGACAAGACCAUGUCUAGGCUAGAUUGUUUGCCCCCUGCCCAGAUCGUUGCUCUUGGAUGCCGCGAGAUGAUUAGGGCUGCCACCAUUACUUCUUAUGGUCAAUCUAGGGUUCUCGCCCUACAAGAGGAGCACAACAAGCAAGGAGCAGCCUCACUCCAACUUGAACUUGAUGCCCUUCGCCAGGAAUACUCCCAGAAGAUUCGCGAUCUAGAAACUUCUGUUGAAAGGGUUACUGCUGAGAAGGAGCGUUUCAGGGGUGAGCUUGAAAGUGUUACUGCCGAGAAAGAGCGUUUCAGGGGUGAGCUUGAAAGUGAGAAGGAGGCUCAUGCGAAGGUUGUCGAGGAAAACAACAUUAAUGCCAAGGAGUGUGAGAAGCUAGCUGCGGAGGUGAAACAGAUCGGAGACCUCUCCACCGAUGUUUUCUUCAAAUUCUGGCUAAACAACAAGAAAGCUGACUUUAAUUAUCUGGGUAAGAACAUGGAAAGUAUGCUAUCUUAUUGUCGCAAUCGUGAGGAGGCAGAAACCAGGGAGAAGGCACAGACUGCUUGCAUUCAGGCCGAUUCAUACCUCAACUUUGGGGUUGAGGCAACAGAUGACUGUCCCCUCGAUGACUUACUUGAUGGUUCCUAUUGA